CGCGCAUGCUGUGAUACACACACACACUGUCUCUCCUGUGCUCCAUUUCACGCACCUACAAUCUCUAUUACAGGAACAGCAGAGAGGACACAAAACAAGCUUUAUCUGUGACCCCAGAGACUGAGACAUCAUGUCAGGGGACGGUAGCCAGGGUGACAAGACCCAGUGCAAUGGAGUCAAAAAUCACAGGUCUGCUCUUCCUGCUGCUAUGUUCUCACGAAACAAUGUCAGUAUGUGGAGCGUUCUCAAAAAAUGCAUUGGGAUGGAACUGUCGAAAAUCACAAUGCCAGUGAUUUUUAAUGAGCCUUUGAGUUUUCUUCAGAGACUGACUGAAUACAUGGAACACGCAUACCUCAUUCAUAAGGCCAACACUUCACAAGACUCCAUCUACAGAAUGAAGUGUGUGGCAGCAUUUGCUGUGUCAGCUGUGGCCUCGCAGUGGGAGAGGACAGGCAAACCCUUCAACCCACUGCUAGGAGAAACCUAUGAGCUGCUCAGAGAGGAUCUGGGGUUCAGAUGGAUCUCUGAGCAGGUCAGUCAUCAUCCACCGGUCAGUGCCUUCCAUGCUGAGGGCAUAAAGAACGACUUCAUGUUUCAUGGAUCCAUUUAUCCAAAACUCAAAUUCUGGGGAAAGAGUGUGGAGGCCGAACCUCGUGGAAUUAUCACCCUAGAGCUUCCUGUUCACAAUGAAGCCUACACCUGGACCAACCCUACCUGCUGUGUUCAUAACAUUAUCAUGGGACAACUGUGGAUUGAGCAAUAUGGAAAUGUUGAAAUUAUUAAUCAUAAAACUGGGGAAAGAUGUUGUUUGACUUUCAAGCCAUGUGGCAUCUUUGGAAAAGAGUUGCAUAAAGUGGAAGGAUACAUACUUGAUAAAAGUAAAAAAAAGAUCUGUGCUCUCUAUGGAAAGUGGACAGAGUGUUUGUAUUCUGUGGAUCCAGCGACGUUUGAUGCUCACAGUAAAUCUGACGUAAAGCGUUCUGAGAAGGACAGGAAGGGAAGUGCACAGAGUAAUAAUGCAGAAGAGGAGCCAGAUGAAAUGCCUCCUCCAGAGGCAGAGACCGUGCAGGUGAUUCCAGGAAGUGAGCUAAUCUGGAGGAUAUCACCACGACCAGACAACUCAGGAAAAUACUAUGCCUUUACAUCAUUUGCUCUGCAGUUGAAUGAGUUGGAUGCAGAAAUGGAGCGAGUUCUUCCACACACAGACUGUCGUCUGAGACCUGAUAUCAGAGCCCUGGAGAAUGGACACAUAGAUGUAGCCAGUGCAGAGAAGAACAGACUGGAAGAAAAACAACGCAUGGCUCGGAGAAACCUCUCCAAAUCAAACGAAGAAUGGAAAAUAAGGUGGUUUCAUCAGGGGCCGAACCCUCACACCAGAGCUCCAGACUGGCUCUACAAUGGCAGCUACUGGGACAGGAACUACUCACAACUGCCUGACAUAUAUUGACCUCAAAUUACUGUAGACAUCUGGCGGAAUGGAGUACAUAUAUGAGCGUCCUGCUGAUGAGGAAAUGUAUUUGAUACACAGACGUGGACAAAAUUGUUGGUCCUCUUGGUAAAUAUGAACAAAAAAGCCUGUGAAAAUAAAUCUGCGUUAAUCCUUUAGAUCUUUUAUUUUAAAAAUUCACAAAAAUCUAACCUUUUGUUGAAGUAUAAGUAUAAAUGGGGGUAGAUCUCAUUAUGAUUUUUUUUUUUCCCUCUAAUACAUAUUGGACACAAUUAACGGUACCCUUAGAAAUUCUUAGUAAAAUAUCUCUGAAGUAUAUUCCCAUCUAUAUUUACAUUUUUAGCACACCAGGGUGAUAGGAACAUGAAAUUAUCCAGCCAUGACUUCCUGUUCCACAGGAGUAUAAAUGUGACCCUGGACCACAAUACCAGUCAUAAGGGUCAACUUUUUUGAAAUAAAGAUUUAUAUAGAAUAAAUAAGCUUUCCAUUGAUUUAUGGUUUGUUAGGAUAGGACAAUAUUUGGUCGAGAUACAACUAUUUGAAAAUCUGGAAUCUAAGGGUACAAAAAAAAAAAAUCGAAAUAUUGAGAAAAUCACCUUUAAAGUUGUCCAAAUGAGGUCCUUAGCAACGCAUAUCCACUCACAAAAAAAUUGAUAUAUUUACGGUAGAAAAUUUACAAAAUAUCUUAAUGGAACGUGAACUUUACUUAAUAUCCUAAUGAUUUUUGGCAUAAAAGAAAAAUCGAUAAUUUUAACCCAAACAAUGUAUUGUUGGCUAUUGCUACAAAUAUACCCGUGCAACUUAUGACUGGUUUUAUGGUCCAGAGUCACAAAUAUGAGGAAACACUAGGGCCAAAUUCAAUCAUCCAUCACAAUGGGUAAAACCAAAGAAUAUAGUUCUGAUGUGCAGCAAAAGAUUGUUGAGUAUCAUAGAUUUUAGCAAAUAUGUCCAAGUGUAGUAUUCAUUUAUAUAUGACAUAUCAUAGCAGGUGACAGAUAUGUGAGAUAAUGUGUCACAUUCCAAGAAUUUGUUGAAAACAUUUAUAACAUUUAAAUAUCAGACGUUUUCAUACAAUUAAUAUGGAUUAUUUUCAUACAAAUAGAUAUAUAAUAGAAUAGUGUUUAUUGUACAACUCAUUUAAAUAGACUAGGAUCUAAAAGAGCAAAUGAUUCACAUCCAUUUAAAAUGUUCCUGGGUGAGACAUAAUUAUUCUGACAAUAUAUAUGGUGUGAAAAUACUCUAGCCAACUUAGAUUUAAAUUGACUUAUUGUGAAUAUUGAAAAGUUUUGCUGAAGAGUGUUUUGAAAGGACACAAAAUCUGCUUGUGUUUAACACUGAUGGUACUCUGUUGCAUUUACACCAAGUUUUAAAUAUUUGUGUUUUGACAUCAGCAGGUUAGCUGAACUUCUUAAAUAAUAAAAAACAAGCUCCUAUGUCAUUUAUACGUCCAUUAAAAAGUUGCACCCUGAAAAGUGCAAACAUUUCGUCAUGUAAACAAUAUUUAUUCAUUCCAUGUAACACUUUUUAUUUUGCUAAAUAAAGG